AUGUCUGCCUAUAACUGUUCUGAUCCUAGUUCUGCAAGCAAUGGAUAUUUUGUGAUUGCUAAGCCUUAUUACGUGGAUGGAGACCGGGUAUACUACUAUUGUGAGUAUUCCUACUUCUUACAAGGGAACCCCAUCAGAGAGUGUGAUGGAGAUACCGGAAACUGGACCGGGAAAGCCCCCACCUGUACGACAACCACUACCACUACGACCACUACUACAGCGGCUCCGGUAAAUGAGUGGUUAUACAUGUCCAUUGGUCUUUCCUCCUUCCUGUCGGUGAUUUUUGUGUGUAUUGUAUCCCUGGUUAUUCUUAAAUAUUGCCACAUACUAUGCAGGCAGAAAACACGAGUUAGAGACGACGAAGAGGAAGUUGAGACCGGAUGUUGUUAUACCUGUUGUCUUCACUGUUGCACUCUGGGAUGUCGUAGAUGUUACCCAAACAAUAACAUUACUUCCCAACCUGCCCCUGAAUUACCCAUUCAGUCCCCUGAACAAUCACCUAAACCCAGUGUGAAAUCCAUGAGUAUGCAGACAGAGAGCCCAGUGCGUUUACAAUUACAGGAGGUAGUGUCAUCAAAGAGAGUGGCAAAGGAACUGAAAAAUUACUGGAAACCUCAUAAACACGAUAUCCGGCCAAAUAAUCAAAGUACAAACUGA